AAUUUAAGAGGUUUCAUUUUUCAUUACUUUGAAGCGCACUAGCAACUGAAUAAUGAUUUUAAAUAUCACUUGCAAGGAAAAUAAUAUUAACAUUUUCCCCCCUAAACGUGGCUGUCUUAUUGACUCAUCAACAAAAUGUGUAAAUAAAAAUGGUUUGUGUGAUUACAAAUGAACCGCUACAACUGUGUCAAUUUUAUAGACAAAUAUUAGUAUCGAAGGCAAAAGUAGGGAACGAAUUUGAGAAAAUAGUUUCAGUAUGAGGUAACUAUUGGGAUGUUGCAUACACAUAAUUACUUUGUUCGCAUAGAAAGCAAAAAUAAUGCCAACUCAUCAGUCACCAUCAUUUUUAUCGCCAGUAAGUUUUACUGUAUUAAAAAUGCGAUGUUGGCUGGAAGGCAUAUCUUUGAUGAACAGUUGGAUGUGUGGCAAAAAAGUGAUUAUCUUGUGCAGCCUAAUCAUAGCGGCGGCAUAUGUGCCAUGUGGUGAUGCUGAGUACUUUUCGUCAGUAGAUAGCUUGAACAGGCUUGGAGAAAUUGAAAUGGAACUUAUUGAAGGCUUUCGACAUUACCUUGAAUUACAAGCAGAGGAGUUCGCUGGUUAUCGCAAGUUUAUUGAGAAGGUUAAAGCGCAACACGCAGAGGCAGAAAGAAAUUUGGAGGAUUAUUUAGGGAAUCCAAUCAAUGCAUUCACUUUAAUUAAACGAAUGGUUAUCGAUUGGACAGAUAUUCAUGAACUUAUUAAAGAAAAUGAGUUGAAAGCCGCCUUAAGGGAAGAUAUAGAAGAGCUAGGUAAACAGGUAGAUAUUCCAAAUGAAAGUGACUUAAUCGGAACUGUAAGGGGUUUCGCACGUCUUCAGAAAGUGUACAAACUCAGCACAGAAGAGCUUGCAUAUGGAAUUAUCAACGGCGUUGAUUAUGAAGUUGAAAUAACGUGGAGAGAUUGUUUUGAGAUAGCAACCACAUUAUAUGAUCAAAACGAACUUAUUUUGGCAGUUACCUGGUUUGAAAUGGUAUUAGAGAAAAUACAAGAUGAAACUGAAGAGUCUGUACAAUACAAAUUUGAAAUUGAUACUCUCGAGUAUUUGGUAUUGGCCACGUAUGAUUUGGGUGAUACAGAUAAAGCGGUUGGAUACAUUGACGAAAUUUUAAAUGUUGAUCCUAAAAACAUUAUGAAAAAUUUCAAGAACUACAUGCUAUACACAAUGCCGAAAAGAUUUAUUCAACUCGAUAAUUUACAAAGUAUGGCAUGGUAUGCAAACUAUACACGUUUGUGUUCAGGAGAUCGUUUGCCGGAUAAACUGGAUCAUACUUUGAAGUGCAAAAUUGGUACCAGAAACAAUCCGUAUUUUAUUUUAGCACCACUAAAAAUAGAAGAAUUGAAUUUGGAGCCAGAAAUAACGUUAUACCAUGACUUAUUGAAUAACAAUCAAAUUGAUGAUGUGUUAGAGCAAGCUAAGAAUAAUAUGGCUCGUUCGGAAGUUGUUAAUGGUACAAUGAGUGUAGUUCGUGACGUUCGUGUGAGCCAACAAACUUGGCUUGACUAUAGUAGUCCUGUUAUGCGAACAAUUUAUAAUUUAGUUUCUCAUAUAAGUGCUUUAGAUCUAAAAAAUGCAGAAAUAAUGCAAGUGGCAAAUUAUGGAAUAGCUGGCCAAUAUGAACCGCAUUACGACUUUUUUGGAAAUGCAACAUUCUUAAAACUUAGAAAUCUUUUAGGAGAUCGUAUUGCUACAAAUAUGUUUUACUUCUCUGAUGUUGAGCAGGGUGGCUUUACGGUUUUUCCAAAACUGAAUUUGUUUUUACCGCCAAUUAAGGGUGCUUUAGUUAUGUGGUAUAAUCUACAUAAAUCAGUAGAUCUGGAUAUGCGCAUGUUACACGCUGGAUGUCCUGUUAUCAAGGGGUCAAAGCGAAUUGGCAAUAUUUGGGUUCAUUCCGAUCUACAAGAGUUUACGCGUCCAUGUGAGCUGACAAAUGAUAAAUACAAGUCGGUUGAAUUAAAUUAAUUCUGUUUAAUUAGGUAUAAAUUCAAAAUUGUAAAAUAUAAUAUAUUAA